UUGCCUUCAAAAUGUAUUUGAAUUAUUGGCUAUUGACGGUGUGGGCGGUGAUUUUAUAUCAAUCGUGUUUGCAAAUUUCCUGCGUAUCCGCCUCCGACCAGUAUCACAUACAAACCGAUGAAGGACCCGAACGUUAUUUCCGUUUCCAGACAAAUAAUGGACAAUUUCGAAAAGAGAAACGAUUGCAGGAUGGCACAGUUAUAGGUACCGAAGCGUGGAUAGAUGCUGCGGGAUAUUUACGUCUCAAAGACUAUAUAGCCGAUAAGCAGGGCUAUCGUAUUCUAAAAUCCAAAGUUACCUAUGUGGGUCAAGGCACAGAUAUUCAGGAUGCCAUCAAGAGUACGAAAUCGGUUCCAGCACAAUCGGGAGUUUUAGUUGAUGGUAAAAAUGGCAUACAUAGCAGUGGACGACCCAACAGUAUUUCCCAUGAUGGUGGCAGUUCCAAACUAUACUCACCCCCGGUGGCAGUGACACCAGCCCCCACAUUGGCAACUAUCACCACAACAGAGAAACCAAUUUUAGGUUAUUUAUCUCCGGCGGAGGCUGGCAAGCUCGAAAAGACACCCUAUUUGGGAUUCGAUCAUUAUCCCAAUGAGGUGCCAGCAGAUGCAGGUUCUAAACGCCGAUAUCCAACGAGAGACAGUUAUGAAGAAUUAAAUGAACGACCGGGACUUGUAGUGCCCUCCAUUGAAAUGGCACCACCGCUGGAAACAAGACGUAGACGUCCCAUACGACCUAUUGCCAUUGCACCCGUUAAUCAUGCCCCCAUUUCUGCAAAUGAUUUAGGUAAAAAUACGGGUUAUCAUUAUUCCACCCCUGCACCAUUUGCCACAGCAGCUGCACCAAAAGCGGGUUACUAUUAUGGUCCAGCACAAACACAAUCUGCCCCCACACAACCUCCACAAUCUUUGCCCUAUGAUGUCAAUGCUUUGGAAGGUUUAUUGCCCCCCUUGCCACCACUCUAUCAACGACAAAGGGUACCUCUGAGUCCACAUGGUUAUGGUACACGUCUUGUUGCUCCGGAAUAUAAUGAUGUCACAGUGACGCGUAAUGGUUAUCGUUAUGUCCUCCCACAUCAAUAUCACGAAGAGGAACAACUGAGUGAUAGUAAAAAAGCUGGUAGUUUUGGCUAUGUCGAUCCAUUCGGUAUUCGGCGAGUGGUCUACUAUAAUGCCUCACCGCAAAAGGGUUUCAUUCAUCGAAAUCAUAAUCAAUAUGUUGGUUUGGGUGCUACACCGUACGAUGAACCACAACCACAGUCACAAAGUGGUGAUGAUGUGUAA